UCAGAGAAGGCACAACUUCAGUACCCCGCUCGAAGCGCGUUCGCGCGCACGCCGCGUCGUUCUCUUGUGUUUUUGUGUUGUGUUAAAAAUGAGGCGAAACCUGAAAAUCCUUUCUCUUCUGGGCGCUGCCUGGAUGUUCUUUAUGUUCUAUUAUAUGCAGCCAGACACCGUACCAUCAAAGGAAGAAAACAUAGCACUUAGAUUAAUAAAGCAGCAUGCAGACAUAGAAGAACCUGAGAGCAGUCCGAUAUCACUCGAGGAGUAUGGCACAGGCAGUACUGGAAAGUACUUCGAUGAGGCAGGCUAUGUCGCUGGUGGGGCAAAGGACAAUGACCCCUACCUCAGGAACAGAUUCAAUCAGGUGGCUUCCGAUGCGUUACCUAGCAACCGAGGUGUGCCUGAUACGAGAAAUGCUAUGUGCCGGCUGAAAAAAUACGACGAAGAUUUGCCCGAAACCAGCGUUAUCAUAACCUUUCAUAAUGAAGCGCGAUCUACUCUCCUAAGAACCAUUGUCAGCGUGUUGAAUCGAAGCCCAGAACAUCUAAUUAAGGAAAUAAUUCUAGUCGACGACUUUAGUGAUAACCCUGAAGACGGCGCUGCACUCAGAGCAAUACGAAAAGUGCAUGUCAUUAGAAACACAAAGAGAGAAGGUCUCAUGAGAUCUCGGGUCCGUGGUGCAGAUGCAGCAACCGCACCGGUACUCACCUUUUUAGACUCACAUGUGGAGUGCAACGUUCAUUGGCUGGAGCCACUGCUUAAGAGGAUUAAAGAGGAUCCAACGCGGGUAGUGUGCCCAGUUAUAGACGUGAUCAGCAUGGAUACGUUCCAGUACAUUGGUGCAUCAGCGGACUUACGCGGCGGCUUCGAUUGGAACUUGGUAUUCAAGUGGGAAUAUCUAUCGCAUGCUGAACGAAGUGGCCGCCUCAGUGACCCAACCCAAGUGAUCCGUACGCCCAUGAUCGCUGGGGGUCUCUUCAGUAUGGAUCGGGCAUAUUUCAACAAACUCGGCAAAUACGAUAUGAGGAUGGACGUCUGGGGAGGAGAGAACCUUGAAAUCUCUUUCAGAGUAUGGCAAUGUGGUGGUUCCCUAGAGAUAGUUCCAUGCUCUCGCGUGGGACAUGUCUUCAGGAAGCGUCAUCCGUACACCUUCCCUGGGGGAUCUGGAGCUGUCUUUGCGAGGAACACCAGAAGAGCUGCUGAGGUGUGGAUGGAUGAUUAUAAGGAACUAUACUAUCGCUCACAACCCCUUGCUAAACAAGUUGAUUUUGGAGACAUUUCCGAGCGAAAAUCUCUAAGAGAAAAGUUACACUGCAAACCGUUCCGUUGGUACCUCGAACAUGUUUAUCCAGAGCUCCAGGUGCCCGCGUUUGCUGGAGGUUACCGCACGAUACGGCAGGGGAACAGAUGUCUGGACACUAUGGGUCAUCUCGUUGAUGGCACCUUGGGUCUCUACCCAUGCCACAACUCAGGCGGGAACCAAGAGUGGUUAUACGACAACGGCCUAAUCCGGCACCACACGCUCUGUAUAUCGCUUUCUGAUGAUAGAGUGACAGCAGUUCUCGCUCCUUGUGACCAAUCUGAUGACUCCCAGCUUUGGAAGAUCAAGGGAUCAAUGAUAAAGCAUUCGAAGUUAGACGCAUGUCUGGACUCGGAUAGACCUUCCUUAUACUUAACAAAAUGUGAUAGAAGUAAAUCCAGUCAACUUUUUAACUAUUGAUGGUUAAAUAAUUAGUUAUUGCUAAUAAUGGGGUUAUUAUAAACUUUAAGAGCCUCACCAAGAUGCCAUAGCAACAGAUUUUACAUUUAUAACACUAAUUAUAUCAAUGAAAUGGCGUACUGGCGUGAUUAGAGAACACAAAUUUAAAUUUAUUAAUUGUUACAUAACAGGAUUUUUUUUAUGUAAUAACCCCUAUUACAACGUGGAAUUCAAGCGUUUAUAUGCUUAAAGGAUAUCUAAUGUUUUGUAUGUACGCUUAGAAGUAUUUGCCUUUAUUAUGUUCUGUCACGUAGCUCAGUUUGUGUAUGAAGACUUAUAAACUGCCUUCUUCAAAGAUAUUAGUAGUAGUCGUUAAUGGCAUCACUCCUUAUAUUAAGAGGAUAUUUUUAAGUCGGAUUCUAGUAUCUAGAAAUUAAUAUUAAUCACUUAACACCAAAACUAUGAUUAAUAUUAGCAAAGUGCACUUCUUCAUACAUCAUAUCACAAACUUCAGAUUUCUAGCAUCGUCUAGUGCAUGCAUGACAUACAUCGACAGAAUCGAUUAUAUUCUAAUAUUAAAUAAUUAAUAUAUUGACAAAUUCCAGAGAUUUUAUUGAGUAUCGAGACAUAUAAGUUUGUGGCAUUAUUAACAUCUACUAGUCGUCGUUUUGUUACAUUUAGAUUACAUCUUCUUUACAUUUCCAGAAUACCACUUCACUAAUUUGGACAAUCAUGAUAAAAAACAGAACAAUAAAAUACGAAACCUAUGCAUAUAGACCAUAUAGUAGAAAUUAUUGAAUAGAUAAUAUAAUUAGCAAUCUCAAUUAGACAUUCCAAUUGAUAAGACUAUAAUUUUAAGUUCACAGAUCAUCACUGUAUAUUUAUACAUUGUAUUAUACACAUUCACAAUACAUAAGUUACCAAUGUAAAUAAUGUGCCGGGAUUGUGGAAUGGAAAAUGAGUAGGUUUAUAGAGGUUUAAGAAAAGCUGUUGGUGUAAAUAUUUUUAUAAGAUUUUUGUUGCAAUUAUUAUUUUUUUAUUUGUAAACCUCCUGUUUUAUAAGAAGUGUAUUUACUUAAUUUCACGUUUAUAUUAAAGCUUGAAAAAUAACUUCAAAAUUUAUGAAACAAUAUAUAAUGUUUAAUUUACUCAAUUAAAUUAAAAAUUGUUUAUUAGCUGUGU